CGAACGUGAAUGAAUUUCAUCUAGGUUGUCGAAAAAGACGCAGAAACCGAACGGAAAAAAGCAAUAAUCGAAGCUGAAAAAGUCGCUCAAGUAGCGAAAAUUCAAUACGAACAGAAAGUAAUGGAAAAAGAAUCAUUACAACGCAUAGCACUUAUUGAAGAUGAAAUGCAUCUGGCGCGACAGAAAAGUCGAACAGAUGCUGAAUUCUAUCAAGCACAACGACAUGCUGAAGCGAAUCAAUUGUUAUUAACACCAGAAUAUCUAGAAUUAAGAAAAUAUGAGACUCUAGCACAAAAUAGUAAAAUUUAUUUUGGUAAUAGUAUACCAAAUAUGUUUGUAUCAAGUACGAUGAUGAAUCAUGAAUCAAAACCAUCCACAGCAUCCACGUCAAGUGAUGUUACCGAUACCGAUACAUCAUCAUCAGGUCCAGGUCAAAAGACCAAAUAAUCAAAUACUGUAAAACUGUAAAACUGUACAAAAAUAUUAAUUUAAUGUU